CAUUUUUUAACAACAAAAGCAAAAAAAAAGCAGCAUGCUGCGUCAUUUUGCAACCGGGCGCAUCAUCCUCGUGGUGCGCCGGUUGCACAGUAUAAUUUGCCAUUUUCUAUUGUUUUUGUACUCUUUCCUUAAUUCCUUUCUUUUUCCUUUUUGUUUUUCUCCUUUAUUCUCUUUCUUUUUCCUUUUAUGUUUCUUUCUUCUCUCAUAGAGUCCAAACUCAUCUUCUUCCCACAUGUCUUCAUUUCCAUUUUUGUCUUUUUUUCUUUCGUGCUUUCUCCCUGUCACUCAUCCACUCAUUUCCCUUGUUUCUACAGAUCUUCAUUUCCCAUAUUCUGAACAUUUAAGGAUAGGAGAUUGUGGCUAUAGAGGAUUGGUGUAUGGAGGUACGUAGGGGCGGGAGGGUGGUGGCCAGUGGAUAUGGAGGUAGGGGCAGCGGAGCUAGAUGGUGAGUAUGGAGACCAGGGAGAUGGGAGUGGUAGUCUGGUGGAUGUGGUGAUUGGGGCGAUGCAGGUCGUGGGUAAUGGGUACAGAGGUAGGGGUGGCGGCGCGGCUGAAGUUGUUGUAGCCUUUAGUGGGGAAGUCGAGGUGGCAGAGACAGUGGAUAAGGGGUGUGUGUUAGAUUAUUGGACUUAUACUACAUGUAAUAUUCACAAUAUAUUAUUUAUCGGGUUUAAUUGUAUGUUAUAUGCUAUCUUAUAUUUAGGCCCCCCAAAAAAAAUAGUGAUCCUAUAGAUAUUAAUUUAAGUGGGCUAAUAAGUUAUCUAAUAAGGUAUAGGGCCCAAAUGUGUAGAGACUCAUGGGCUUGACCUAAUCAAUGAUGGGCUGAUUAGGGUUAAGCACUCUCUAUAAAUAAGGGGUUAUGGUCCCUAGUUGAACACGUCAUUCAGUCUUUCUGCAUCCCAUCGCUAGAGAGAUAAUUCUCGAGGGUGUGUAUCAACUAGAAGACGAAAACCCUAGCCUCCGUCUCCCGGAUCUCUAAAGGUCAUCUUCAAUGGAGUCAGUCAACAAUUCUGCUGCUACAAUAUCUGCUAAUAUUAACAGCAUCCCAGUGCUUAAUGGCACGAAUUUUAAGGAAUGGAAAGAGAACGUUAUGAUUGUUCUCGGUUGCAUGGAUCUAGACCUUGCACUUCGGACUGAGAAACCCGCCCCUCUUAAGGACACAUCUACCCUUGCUGAAAAGAGGGAGAUGGAGAGGUGGGAACGCACAAACCGCAUGAGUCUAAUGAUCAUGAAACGUGCAAUUCCAGAAUCAUUCAGGGGCACAAUGUCUGAUGAGGCUGAUGCCAAAUCGUUCCUUGCCGAACUUAAAAAGUGUUUUGCUAAAAACGAAAAGGCGGAAACUAGUACUCUUUUGAGCACUCUUGUUUCCAUGAAGUAUAAAGGCAAAGGGAACAUAAGGGAGUACAUUUUGGAAAUGUCUCACAUUGCUUCAAAACUAAGUGCACUAAAGCUUAUUUUACCUGAGGAAUUGCUUGUGUAUUUAGUUUUGAUCUCUCUUCCUUCUCAAUUUAAUCAAUUUAAAGUCAGUUACAACUGCAUUAAGGAGAAAUGGUCUCUCAAUGAUCUCAUUUCUCAUUGUGUUCAAGAGGAAGAGAGAAUAAAGCAAGAUAAGACUGAAAGUGCUCAUUUGGCAUCUACCUCUAAGGGUAGCAAGAAAAGGAAAAUUAAGGAAGCUGCAAAUUCAGGACCUCCCAGG